CUUUGCCAGCACGUUGCCCACGUAUCAGCGCUCCGAGGUGAUCCUCUUCAUCAUGAGCAAGGUCCCACUGCCUUCCCUGCAUCAUCCCAUGGAGACAGGGAAGACAGGAGAGAACAGGAACCGGCUGACCCAGAUUAUGCUGCUGAAAUCCCUCCUUCAGGUGUCCACGGGUUUCCAGUGCAACAACAUGAUGUCAGCCCUGCCCAGCAACUUCCUGGACCGCCUUCUGUCCACCGCCCUCAUGGAGGACGCAGAGAUCCGCCUCUUUGUUCUAGAGAUUCUCAUCAGUUUCAUCGAUCGUCAUGGCAACCGCCACAAGUUCUCUACCAUCAGUACCCUCAGUGACAUCUCUGUCCUGAAGCUGAAAGUGGACAAGUGCUCCCGACAGGACACCGUCUUCAUGAAGAAGCACUCCCAGCAGCUCUACAGACAUAUCUACCUGAGCUGCAAGGAGGAGUCGAACGUACAGAAGCACUAUGAGGCGCUCUACGGCUUGCUGGCACUCAUCAGCAUUGAGCUGGCCAAUGAGGAGGUGGUGGUCGACCUCAUCCGCCUGGUGCUGGCUGUUCAGGACGUGGCCCAGGUCAAUGAAGAGAACUUGCCUGUGUACAACCGCUGUGCCCUCUACACGCUGGGUGCAGCCUACCUGAACCUCAUCAGCCAGCUCACCACAGUCCCUGCCUUCUGCCAACACAUCCAUGAGGUGAUAGAGACCCGGAAGAAGGAGGCUCCCUACAUGCUCCCUGAGGCUGUGUUUGUGGAGGAGCCCAGGUUGUCCCAAAAUCUAGACGGAGUAGUGAUUGAGUUCCUCUUCCGCCAGAACAAGAUCAGCGAGGUCCUGGGGGGCAGCGGCUACAACUCCGACAGGCUCUGCCUGCCCUACGUCCCUCAGCUGACAGAUGAGGAUCGCUUAUCCAAGAGGAAGAGCAUUGGAGAAACCAUUUCCCUGCAGGUGGAGGUGGAAUCCAGGAACAGCCCAGAGAAGGAGGAGCGAGUGCCUGCCGAGGAGAUCACCUAUGAGACCCUAAAGAAGGCCAUCGUGGACAGCGUAGCAGUUGAGGAGCAGGAACGUGAACGGCGGCGACAGGUGGUAGAGAAGUUCCAGAAGGCACCCUUUGAGGAGAUCGCGGCACACUGCGGGGCCAGGACAUCACUGCUGCAGAGCAAACUCAAUCAGAUCUUUGAAAUCACCAUCCGGCCCCCCCCAAGCCCAUCAGGCACCAUCACCGCAGCCUAUGGCCAGCCUCAAAACCACUCCAUCCCGGUCUACGAGAUGAAGUUUCCCGAUCUGUGCAUAUACUGAAUCCAGAAGACAGAGCUCCUCGGCGGGGUGGGGUCUGAGGGAGGGGCUAGCCCUCACAACCCACCCCUGUGGCCUGGAAAUGGAACUGAGAUGUCAGAGAAAAAGCAGCUUGGUUGGCAGCACCUCCCCAGCUAAGCAAGGGGGAGCCUUGGGCCCCCUCUCAGCCCUCCCACUUCCUCCUCGUCUUCCCUGAAGGAGAUCAGCCUCUGGAGCCAAUAAGCAUCUCACCUGCAAAAAAAAAA